CGGUCGCCAGUCCUGUCAGACCUGCGACCCCGAAGUGCCCGAGCCCAUGCCCCUGCCCCGCAGGGGAAGGGGAUCCCGCCUAGCCGCCUCCCGAGCGGCGGGCACUAGCCUUCCGCGGGUGACGGCCCGCUCCCCAAGGCGUGCCGGCCGCGGAACCCCGUCAUCAAGCCAUGCGCAACGCCUCACCCGGCGGCGCCAUUCCUCCGAGCAGGUCCCACCAGUGCCUGAGCCUCAGCCUGACUUCCGCUCGGGAAGGUGGCUCCAAGAGCGCGCCGCAGGGGACGCCAGGGACUCGCGGGAGGCUCCGCGUGCCGGGAUGGGCUCCAGGCUCAGGGUCUGUAGUCGGGAAGAAGUGGUGAUCCCUUGUGCUUCUGACAAUGACUCUGGAAGUGUGGAUUUGCAGCUGAGCAACUUAGAAGAUAUUAAAAAAGGCCCAAGUAGUCUUGAACUUACAGACUCGGAUAUCUCUGACAUCCCUGGACUCCCUUGGGAAUCCCUCACAGAUAGCUUCGGCCACCAGACCCACCAGAGACCCUGUGGUGAGGCCAUCAUCGAGAGGCUGAUUGGAUCUGUACAGGAGUUUUUUAAUUGUGAGCUAAAGGAUGAAUUUGAGAAGCUGACAUUCCUAAGAGCCUUGUCUUCUCUCAGCCGAACUUUACCUUAUGAUGAAACCACAGAAUCAUUCGUUCAGAGCCACAUAGCAGACAUUGUGCACAUCCUAAAUCUGCUGUUGCAAGAGGAGCCCCCACAUUCUCUCCUCAGCCCUGUGCGCCAGGAGGUCUUCAUCACCAUUGCUGACUUCAGUUACCAAGAUGUCCAUUUGCUGUUUGGCUCUGAAGAUCGAGCUGACUUAUUCAGUCUUAUCAUCAAAAGUAUAAUUACUCUGCCUUCUAUAACCAGCCUUGCUCAGCUGCAGGAAAUCAUGCCAAGUAGGCCCGACAACUCAGAGUGUCUCUACAGGCAGACGUUUCAGGCAUUCUCCGAGAUGCUCCAGAGUUUAGUGGUAAAAGACCCACAUUUGGAAAAUCUUGACACCAUUUUUGAGCUCAUGGACCCCUGGUUACAGUCAGUCAAAGACCAUGAGCGGGAACGGGCCACAGCCAGCAUGGCUCAAGUUCUGAAAUGCUUAUCCAGACAUCUCAGCUUGAAGCUUCCACUUCGGUUCCAGAGACUUGGACAUCUGGUGGCCCUCAUGGCCUUGCUGUGUGCAGACCCACUGAAAGAGGUGGCCGAGGAGGCUGCAGAGGGCAUGCACCACCUACUGCAUAUCACCCUGAAGUUGAAAUAUAUCACUCAUGACAAGAAAAAUCACCAAAGCUUGCGGAAAGCAAUGAAAAAAUGCCAGGAACUCCUACAGCUCUACAAUAUUAAACAGUUCUACAGUUGUCCCUUCAAAAUUGCCCAGGUCUUCGAAGUUUUUCUCGAUUCAAAUGAGCUCUUCCAGUUUGUAAUGACUACAUUGGAUGGCCUGAAAAACGUGAGACAUCCCUGCACUCAGCAAUCAGCGGGAGAAUUGCUGAUAACACUGGUGAAAAAUGCAGAGUCCCGCUUUGAGAAGGUGCCAGAAAUUAUGGGAGUUAUCUGUGCCCAGCUAUCCACAAUCAUCCAGCCAAGUAUCCACCAACAGGUCAUAAAUACUGUGAGCUUGUUUAUCUCCAGGCCAAAGUAUACAGACUCCGUGCUCAGCCACCUUCUGUGUCAUCCAGUACCCUAUGACAGGCAUCUGGCUCAGUUGUGGAGAACGCUGGAAGUAGAGCUGCCCAGCACGACCUGGAUUCUGUGGAGGCUUCUGAGGAAACUGCAGAAAUGCCAUAAUGUGCCCACUCAGGGGAAGAUGGCCUACGUGGCUGUUGCUGCAACAGAUGCCCUUUAUGAGGUGUUUAUGGGAAACAGACUCCGAGCAGCUACGUUCCGACUCUUUCCUCAGCUUCUCAUGACACUGCUUAUCCAGAUUCACCACAGCAUCGGCCUCACCAUGUCUGAUGUCUCCAUCCCAAGUGGCCUGUACACAGACCAGGAAGUGUCUUCAGAGGUCACCCCUUUGUGCUUUGCCAUACAGGCUACAAAGACUCUCCUGCUCAGAACAUUGUGCUGGCAGGAAUUCAACAUCAUGGAAAAGAAUAAAGGAUGGACCCUGCUGGAAGGAAAAGAUUGUCAUCUUCAGGGAGUAUCUCUCCUUGCCAAUGCUUUGCUGGAAAGAAAUCACCUCCUUGCACAUAAGGUCAUGUACUUGUUAGUCCCUCUUCUUAACCGAGGGAACGAUAAACAUAAAAUCACAUCUGCAGGCUUUUUUGUGGAGCUUCUCCAGAGUCCAGUGGCUAGGAGACUGCCCAGCAUAUACUCUGUUGCCCGCUUGAAAGACUGGCUACAUCAUGGGAAUAAUCUCUUCAGAGCUCUUGGCCUGAGAGGCCUGUGCUAUCUCCUCAGACACCAGGAGAUGAGGGAAGAUAUCAAGAGGCUGCUACCAUGCAUCUUAGACAGCUUAUGUGAAACCGACGAGAGUAUUGUGUUGUUGGCCAUCCAGAUACUCCUGCACUUUGUCCGUUCAAUGGAUUUCACCACCUUAGCUGCCAUGAUGAGGACGCUGUUCUCCUUAUUUGGUGAUGUGAGACCUAAUGUUCAUCGUUUCUCCAUGACUCUCUUUGGAGCUUCCAUAAAGUCUGUGAAAUCCACAGAUAAGAAGGGUGUAGAGAACCAAGUCUUGGACAGCUUGGUCCCACUACUUCUGUAUUCUCAGGAUGAAAAUGAUGCAGUAGCUGAGGAAAGCAGGCGAGUCUUAAGUAUAUGUGCCCAGUUCCUGAAGUGGAAGCUGCCCCAAGAGGUGUACUGCAAAGAUCCCUGGUACAGCACACCUGAUGAAGUUGGAACAAUCUGCAAAUUUUUUGGGAAAAAAUGCAAGGGGAAAGUUAACAUCCUCGCCCAAGCACUGAUAUACUCCAAGAAUGCAAAACUUUCCAUCAGAAGAGCAGCCGCGUUGUUUGUAGGGCUGUUAUCAAAGUACGUGGAUCACAAUGAGCUCAAGACAAAGGGUACUGAAUGGAUAGAGUAUGAUUUGAGAGAUAUGCUGCAUGACCCUGAGCCCUCUGUGCGCAUCUUAGCCUCCCAGGCUCUGUUCCGAGUCCAGAAGGCGAAGUCAGAACCUGAACCCAGGCAGACAGUUUGCAGGCUGAGGAAGCUCAUGGGCUGUCUUUCUACCUAGAAAUGCAAGGGAAUCUACACCAGAGAGAAGCAUCCAUUGAGAGAGAGGACUGUUCUUCACUGAAUUACCUCAGCAGUUUGGGAAGGACUGAAAAAAAAAGAAGUACUUAAUAGUGAUUAUAUUAACAAGUCUAUUCCAAAUAGCUCCCUUGUUUUUAUACAAGGCUCUCCUCAGAGAUAGAUAGGUUUAUGUUUUUAUGAUUUUUUUUUAAUAUACAACACAAAAAUUUCUGGACAUUUAAAUUUGUUAUGUUGAAAAAUUUUUUUAAUUUCCUGGUUUAUUUUCAUUGUAUACUAUUAAAAUGUAUUGUUCUUGAUCUAUUACUGGCCAAUCCGUGUCUUUAUUAUUUUAGAUUCUCAGUUGUUUUAUUUGAGUAUUGCUUCCCCCAACCCCUUAUACUGUGAUACCUAUUUUAUAAGAAAUUAUUUUUUUCUCUUGUUGAUUUUUCCAAGAAAGCUUAAACUAUCAUGUAACUGACAGUUGGGAUUGGAAAAGCGGAGGUUCUGUCAGGCACCAGCCCUGGCAAGUACAACUGUGCUAGGUACAAUUGUAACAUUGUGAAAUAUGUCAAGUCUCUCUACCCCUUAGCUAACUUUCUCCCCUCUUUCCUUCUGCCAGGUUCUUGGGUCCCUGCUCCUUUUUUUCUAUCUCCUACUCUCAGGAAAGGAUCUGUUGAGCUCACUAUUAUAUGUAAAUGAUUAAUAAUGCAAGGCUUAAUGAGGUCAACUCUUUCAGAGAUUUUUGCUUUUUAACAGGGUAGAGUUCUUAAGCCAAAGGCAUAAAUCUCUAAUUGAGAAAUUUUAGGCAUUACAGAGCAGGAUGGAGAGAGGAGGUGUUUGGAAGUGGGGCUGGAGAUGAGAGUGGGGAAUGGACAUUUUCUUGUCUCCCUGAAACUAUAUCAUAUAGGUGGCUGCUUUCAAAACCCUCCUGAAAAUACAACAGAGGAAAAGGCUGAGGCAGAAGAAAAAGAAUAGUUACCUACUGCCACUGCUGUUUGUUAUGCAAAACACAAAGGAAUGGGAUGAAUUCAGUUAUCCCUGAAAAGAUAAUGAGUUCCCAGCACCUAGAAUAACUUCCUCACUUAAACACUGUGUGUCAGUUGUCAAAUGAUUCAUUUACACUUCUACCAUUUCCCUCACCCUGAAGAGUUUUUCUUCUGAUGGCCAAGGAGGACAGGACUGG